AUGGCUCCCGGAGAGAAAAUCAAAGCCCAAAUCAAGAAGAAUCUGCCUGUGACGGGGCCCCAGGCGCCUACAAUUAAAGAGCUGAUGCGAUGGUACUGCCUCAACACCAACACCCACGGCUGCCGGCGCAUCGUGGUGUCCCGCGGCCGCCUCCGCCGCCUGCUCUGGAUUCUGUUCACGCUGACCGCCGUGGCCCUCAUUUUCUGGCAGUGUGCCCUCCUCGUCCUCUCCUUCUACACCGUCUCUGUCUCCAUCAAAGUCCACUUCCAGAAGCUGUAUUUUCCCGCUGUCACCAUCUGCAACAUCAACCCUUACAAGUACAGUGUAGUGAAGGAUCUUCUAUCCGACUUGGAACAGGAGACCAGAGGGGCCUUGAAGACCCUUUUUGGCUUUUCGGAGAUUAAGUCUCGAAAGCGAAGAGAGGCGGAGUCCUGGAAUUCAUCCUGGGAGGGCAUGCGCCCCAAAUUCAUCAACUCAGUCCCACUGCUGUUCUUCGAUGAGGAUGAGACAAGCAAGGUGGCCAGGGACUUCCUCACGGGGAGAAAGCGGAGAGUCAGCGGGACCAUCGUUCACAAGGCUUCUGAUGUCAUGCAGAUUCAGCAGUCCAAGCAGGUGGUGGGAUUCAAACUGUGUUCAAAUGACACAUCUGACUGUGCCACCUAUACCUUCAGCUCAGGGGUCAAUGCCAUUCAGGAGUGGUACAAGCUGCACUACAUGAAUAUCAUGGCACAGGUGCCUCUAGAGAAGAAAAUCAACAUGAGCUAUUCUGCCGAGGAACUGCUGGUUACCUGCUUCUUUGAUGGGGUGUCCUGUGAUGCCAGGAACUUCACACUUUUCCACCAUCCAAUGCAUGGGAAUUGCUACACAUUCAACAGUCGAAUCAAUGACACUGUCCUCAGCACCUCCAUGGGGGGCAGUGAAUAUGGACUGCAAGUCAUCUUGUACAUAAAUGAAGAGGAAUAUAACCCCUUCCUGGUGUCCUCCACGGGGGCUAAGGUGAUUGUCCAUCAGCAGGAUGAAUACCCCCUCAUCGAGGACGUGGGGACAGAGAUUGAGACAGCAACGGCCACCUCCAUAGGAAUGCACUUGACAGAGUCUUUGAAGCUGAGCGAACCCUACAGCCAGUGCACAGAGGAUGGGAAGGACGUGCCAAUCACCAACAUCUACAAUACUGCCUACUCCCUCCAGAUCUGCCUUCACUCGUGCUUCCAGACAAAGAUGGUGGAGAAAUGUGGGUGUGCUCAGUACAGCCAGCCUCUACCUAUAGGAGCCAACUACUGCAACUACCAGCAUCACCCCAACUGGAUGUAUUGCUACUACAAACUACAGCAGGCCUUUGUCCGAGAAGAGCUGGGCUGCCAGGCAGUGUGCCGGGAAGCCUGCAGCUUUAGGGAGUGGACACUGACCACCAGCCUGGCGCAGUGGCCAUCUGAGGUUUCUGAGAAAUGGUUACUGUCUGUUCUCACUUGGGACCAAGGCCAUCAAAUGAAAAAAAAGCUCAACAAGACAGACUUGGCCAAACUCUUGAUAUAUUACAAAGACCUGAACCAUAGAUCCGUCAUGGAGACCCCAGACAACACAAUCCCGAACCUUCUGUCCAACUUUGGUGGCCAGCUGGGCCUGUGGAUGAGCUGCUCCGUUGUCUGCAUCAUUGAGAUCUUCGAAGUCUUCUUCAUAGACUCCCUCUCCAUCAUUACCCGCCGGCAGUGGCAGAAGGCCAAGGAGUGGUGGGCCCGGAGGCAGCCACCUUCCUGCCCCGAGGCUCCCCCCAUCCCCCAGGGCCAGGACAAUCUGGCCCUCGAUAUAGACGAAGACCUGCCUACUUUCACCUCUGCUUUGCGCCUGCCUCCAGCGGUAGGGACCCAGGUGCCGGGCACACCACCCCCCAGAUACAACACCCUGCGCUUGGAGAGGGCCUUCUCCAACCAGCUCACAGACACCCAGGUGCCAGAUGAGUCCUGA